AUGGACCUGGCUCCUGCCAUGACCGACAUGUACGACCAGGCGCUGCUGGGCAUCCUGCAGCACGUGGGCAACGUCCAGGAGUUCCUCGGCGUCCUCUUCGGCUUCCUCUACCGCAAGACGGACUUCUACCGCCUCCUGCUGCGGCCGGACGACCGGCUGGGCUUCCCGCCCGGGGUGGCGCAGACCAUGGCCCUCAAGGCAUUCAAGAACUUUGAACACCUGGCCCGUCAGGAUGAUGAGAAGAGGCAGCGGGAGCUUGUGGAGAAGAUGAGGAAAAGGGAGGAGGAAGUGGCAGCGGAGAGGAUGAAAGUGCCUGCUGUAGCUCAGGAAGUUGAGAUCCACUCGGCACCAGAGCCAGUCCCUGGCCCAGAUGAUGGGGCUGCCACCAGGCCUCAAGAGCCCACUGCAGCAGAGGAGACAGCUGAAGCGGCGGACAGCUCUGCGGCCGCAGAGCCACCAGGAGCAGCUGCCCCAGUGGAGUCCCAGCCAUCAGCAUUGCCCAAGAAGCAGGAGCAGUUCCAGACCAACCCUGACAGUUACAAUGGAGCCGUGCGAGAGAACUACGCCUGGUCCCAAGACUACAGCGACCUGGAGAUUAAAGUGCCGGUGCCCAAGCACAUUGUGAAAGGCAGGCAGGUGUCGGUGGAUCUCAGCAGCAGCUCAAUUCGCGUGGCCGUGCUGGAGGGGAGCAGCCAGCGUGUCCUCGUGGAAGGGAGACUCACCCACAAGAUCAACACGGAGAGUUCCCUAUGGAGUCUGGAACCAGGGAAAUGCAUCUUGAUCAACCUGAACAAGGUGGGGGAGUACUGGUGGAGUGCCAUCCUGGAGGGAGAGGAGCCGAUAGACAUCGAUAAGAUCAACAAGGAGCGUUCGAUGGCCACGGUGGACGAAGAGGAGCACGCCGUGCUGGACAGACUGACUUUCGACUACCACCAGAAACUGCAGGGCAAGCCCCAGAGCCAUGAGCUGAAGGUGCACGAGAUGCUGAAGAAGGGCUGGGACGUGGAAGGCUCCCCGUUCCGGGGCCAGAAGUUCGACCCCGCCAUGUUCAACAUCUCCCCUGGGGCCGUGCAGUUUUGA